AUGCAAGGAGGUCAGACGGUAAUAGUUCAAGAGACAAUCACAUACGGGAGUCAACCUCGCAAUUGGAGGUUUGGUCUGUUUGAUUGUUUUGCGGAUGUUGGACUGACCCUUAAGACCUGGUGUCUUCCUUGCGUCACCUAUGGAGAAACGAAAUCGAAAGUGAACAAUAAUCCCUCGAGUUGCACCACCAACGCUUUGAUCUAUUGCUUGGUCGGAUCUUGCGUUGGACCUUGUAUUAUGGGCGCCCUGGGUCGCAAUGAGAUACGCGUAAAGUAUAACAUCAUAGGUUCAGCGGGAGAAGAUUUCUUGACCCAUUGGUGUUGCGGAUGUUGUGCGUUGAUACAAGAGAGUCGUGAAGUUACUUCCGUGCAGACUGGAAAUUAG